AUGUCUCCCACAUCAUCACUGUCCAACAAACCUUAUAUCGGUGGAUUCAAGCCCAGUUCAAGUACAUCACUUAUGAACAUGAGUGAUGAUAUGGAUGGUAGGACCAGGAAUGCCAAAGCUCAAAAGAGGCAUAGGGAAAAACAAAAGGCCAGAGUUAUAGCUCUCGAAGAGUCAGUUCAAGUUUUGACUGCUCAGCUGGAAGAUGCUCGUAGACAAUUAGGUCAAUUACCUUAUCCACCUGGACCUUCGCGAAUGCCAUUAACUGCUCAUUCACCUGAAUUCGCUCAACUUCAAAAUGAGAAUAGUUACCUCAGAGAUGAGAAUGCAGAUUUAAGGAGACAAUUAUACACUCUCAGAGUCACUUAUGGUCAAGAAAAUCCAGGUCCUAUGCCAAGUCCUCCUCCUAGACAUGGCAGCGGUCAAGGUGUCAGACCCAACAACAACAACGCUCCUAAUCCUCCUAGUAAUGAAGUCAACAACGGUGGUCAAACCGGUAUGGAUCACUAUAACAGAAAUUCAGGGGGAGGUAACAGGAGCAGAGUUUUAUCAGCCUCUUCCGCUCCUUCCGCGUCACCAUAUGUUGGAUCUUCAUCUUUUCCAGCUGAUUUAAGAGCACACUCAUUAUCUAAUUCUAACAAUGCAUCUUCGACCGGUUCAAACAACAGCGGAUCGACUGCUCGACCCACUCAAAUCGAAUCUAAUUAUCCAGUAAGAUACGAAGGUCAUAUGUAUCCACCCACCGCUCCUCCUCCUCACGCUUUACCAAGAAGUCAAAUGUACAAUGUGGAGGGAAUGCAAUAUGGUAGAGGUGGUGAAAGCGGUGAGAAUAUGCCUUGGGGUCCUGAGUCUGGCCCCCCUCCUUUUGCAGGAGCAAUGGGUUAUCCUCCUGUCAAUUUCCACGAUAACAACUCCACAAACAAUGUUUCGGAACCAUGGAGGCAAGAGCAUUAG